CCGGAAGGAGCUGUUUUUCCUGAGGCUGGAAUGUGCGGCUGGACUCUGCAGCAAACUCUCUCAGUGCUGCUCUUCACUGGGGAAUGUGGCAGUGAGAAGUGAUUUCGCCUUUAUAACUAUUUGAAGAUGGACAAAUCACACGGCCCGAUUUUCCUGUUGAUCUGCGUGGGGUUUAUGUGUCAUGUGGCACACACUGCUCUCAUGGAGAAACUGGCAGACUUCAAGAUCUGUGCAGACAAAGACUGUUCAUAUGUGAUCUCAGUGGCUAAAGCUCUUGAAGACUACGUCGCUUCAGACUGCAGAUACAUAAACCUGAGACGAGGCCAGAUGAUCUACGUGUUUUCUAAACUCAAGCCUGUAGAGGGAGCCGGAGUCUUCUGGUCUGGAAGUGUCUACGGCGAGCGCUAUGUAGACCAGAUGGGUGUGAUUGGAUAUUUCCCCCGUAACUACGUCAACGAGACGCAUGUUUUCCAGAAGAAAACGGUUGAGAUGCCAACCACUGACAUGGACUUCUUCUGUGCUUAAAGACAGCAAAUAACACCAGUGUUUCUCCACCAUUUCUCCAACUCUAAGGCCAUUUCACAGCAAUAUUCAAAGCCCCCCAAUAGGCCUAGUUUUGUCUUUAAAUCUUAUUUUAAUCUAUGGGUACUUUCUGUAAAGUAAAUAAGUCACUAAAAAGAGCCAAAUGUUUUCAGGGAUCUCAAAACAAUUAAUUCACACAACUUUUCUAGUCAUUUAUAAUAAGAAUUAGGGAUAGAGAUUUUAAACAUAUAAUUUCUCACAAUUUCUACAUAAAAUUAUUUUUUUUAAAAAAAGUAUAUUCUUUAUAAAAAUGCCCAAAACUCUUGUAAUUAGUCUACCUCAUUUAUCAAGACAUUCUUAGCUUAUUUUAAUGGCUUUUUGUCUUAUUUUAAAUCACUUCAAGUCAGCUUGAGGCCCAUUUGGAGGUUUGCUGAAGCCCUCUUGUGAACCCCAGAUGCAUUGCUUAAUGUAUUUACAUUUUUUUAUUUUCUGCAUUUAAAUAUGCAUUAUUUAAUAUUUUACUUUGAAUCUAAAGAUAGCUAAGGACUAUUGCCUUUCUGUACCUUUAAUUGUAUAUUCUGAACCUUUCCAUGUGCUACUGAGGAUGAACUGAAUGAGUUAUACCUGUUUUUGAAUAAUCACAUAGUAUUUUAUUAUUUGGAGCCAAUUUUAAAUGAAUUAUGUGACUAAAUGACAGCCUGGAGUAGAAAAGUACAGGAAAGUAGUUCAAUAUUUGUAUGUUAUGGUGCGUCUUUUGGCUAUAUUUACACAACCUCUUGCCACAAUAAACAGGAUGCAUGCAAACUCCUGAGCAGAUCUGAAUAACUUCUUUAACUGACCGGUUAUGUAAAGUCCACAGAGCUUCAGAACUGUUCAAACUCAUGUAAGUAACACAUUUUGUGUAAAAGCUAACCUGCAGAAUAUUUCACACAAAAUUCAUACCUUAUUUUUCUAAAUGCUGACCUCAAGUUAUUGGCUAGUUCAUUAGCUCAUAGAAGUCUUGGUGUAAAUAAACGCGAGUUAAUAAAGGUUGUUCCCGUGUGGA